GACGAUGACAAUGGCAAGAACGGUGAUCAGGACGUCGUAGUUCGUCGUGGUUGAGCGAAAGCGGAAAAAAGGGAUCGAAAAGAUAAAUAAUACGUAUACGAAUUCACUCUUCCUCUUGGCAUCCGCGCUGCUACGUUCUUCCCCUUCUUCCACGGUUGCGAAGAAAAGGGGGAUACUCUGUGCACAUAAUAAUCAAACGUGGAUGGCGAUAAGGCGACGACGACGAGCACGACCGGCGGGCACUGGCAAAUGCGCGACCUACUGUAGACGUCCUCGUCGUCGUAACUGCAGUUGAGGUCGCGAGUCGUACACUGAAGGAUAUAAGUGUACAUACGAGGUGCGAGACGUGCGACGUCGUUGCUGAACGUGGAAGAACAUCAUCCUCAUCACCAUUUAAAAUGUCAGACGUUGACCAGUGGAUCGAAAUCGCCAAGGAAUGCAAGUACCUGCCGGAAAAUGAUCUAAAGAAACUCUGCGACCUGGUAUGUGAUAUUUUGCUGGAGGAAUCAAAUAUUCAACCUGUUUCGACUCCGGUGACCGUUUGCGGUGAUAUCCACGGCCAGUUUUACGAUUUAGAAGAGCUUUUUCGUAAUGGAGGACCUGUGCCUGAUACAAAUUACAUAUUUAUGGGAGAUUUUGUGGAUCGAGGUUAUUAUAGCUUAGAAACACUAACUCGUCUUUUAACUUUAAAAGCCAAAUGGUCCGAUAGGAUAACACUACUUCGUGGAAAUCAUGAAUCAAGACAAAUCACACAUGUAUAUGGUUUUUAUGACGAGUGCUUUAACAAAUAUGGCAAUGCAAAUCCAUGGAGGAAUUGCUGCAGGGUAUUUGAUUUGCUCACUAUUGCUGCCUUAGUUGACGAAGAAAUUCUUUGCGUACAUGGCGGGUUAUCACCAGCUAUUAGAACUUUAGAUCAAAUUAGGACAAUUGAUAGGAAAAAAGAAAUACCACAUACGGGAGCAUUCUGUGAUUUAGUUUGGUCAGAUCCAGAUGAUGUUCAAACCUGGACAAUGAGCCCUAGAGGGGCUGGUUGGUUAUUUGGGGCGAAUAUAACACAUUUAUUUAUGGAUAUUAACGAUCUUAAACUUAUUUGUAGAGCUCAUCAAUUAGUAAAUGAAGGUUAUAGGUUUAUGUUCGACGAAAAAUUAGUAACGAUAUGGUCGGCUCCCAACUAUUGUUAUCGCUGUGGCAACGUCGCCAGUAUAUUUCAAUUCACCACGGCUGACAAGCAUUCCGCGGUGAUAUUUAACGCGGUGCCAAAUUCCGAGAGAGUGAUUCCUCCUACGUUUACCACUCCCUAUUUCUUGUGAUUUAUCUCUCUACUCCAGACUGGCGGAGGAAGAUGGCGAGUGUACAGAUUAUCGUCCACGAAACUUCAGGAGAAGUAAAAUCGAGAGAAUUAACCACACAUCCUGUGAUUUUAAUUUUUCUCUGUCUGGUAUUUGUUUUCUUUUCUGAAUGCUAACGGGAGCAUUAAAAAAGGCAGAUAAAGCAUUACCCUUUUGAGCACAUCGACAUUUUGUAAAAUUUUUAAAAAGAGCUUUACAAGGUUUUUAUAACAGAGAAAGGGUUUUAAAGGAAUAGUGAGAACUGUGAGUUGAAACAACGUACAGCCUUCAUACUUCUUCGAUGCAAAGGAUAAAAUUGUGCUUUGCCGUUAGCUUUUAUUGUUCUUUACUACGUAAGAAUUGUGCGGAACACCCGCGCGCUUAGGAGAGAUAGCAGUACAUGUGCUUCACUUUCCUUGAGCUUUAUGAGCUUUUAUUGAGAUUUAAGAAGAGAAAAAAAACUCGACAACGGAUGAUAUUCUGAUCGAGCAGGUUACAAUAAAGAAUUUUAUUUAAACAUUCCGAAAAAGAGGCUCUGGGUUAAGAUGAAUGCUUUUUUGCUAUGUCAAUCGUCAAUGGUGUGGAAUUCAGGUUUAGCACUUAAUAAGCAUACAAAUAGUAUCGAUAAGGUCUUCCUGAUAAACAGAAUGUGAAAGUCCAUUUUUUUUUUGUAUCAUGCGCAAAAAUAUAAGCCCUUGCGAACAUAAUUAUGAAAAAAAGAUGAGAUGUGUCGAGUUAUUGGUUUUCCAAUGCAUUUGAUUUCCACUAUAAAAGUAUUAUUGUUCAUAAAUGAUAUACGUUAUAAAAGAAAACGUUUACUUAAACGUUUCUUUCUUCAGAAUAAAUCUAUUUUGUUAUUGGUCGUUUCGUCAAAUACGUAACAAGGUUAUUGCGUGCCGAUAUCAUUUAAUAGGUUUAGCAUUAAUAACAUAUAUACAAUUUGUUGUAAAAAAUAGUAACAAGUAUCUGGGAAAAUGUAUUGGUAUUCCAAUAUUUCAACGGUAGUUUUAAUAUUUCACCUAUGUUUUAAUUGUAAUACUUGUUUUAUGCGAGCAAGUACAUACUUUCGAUAGAGAAAGUUGUUUGAGUAGUAUUCUCAAU